AUGACUGCGGCGGAACUAAAGAAUCUGAUUUUUAAUGUGGAUUCGCAUCCGUUUGAUAUUGUCUUUCGAUCGGUGCAGAUAGUUUGUCAAGGCUUGAAAUGUGAAUGUGCUCAUGGAGACUGGUUAGCAUUGAUGGCGCAUGUGGACGCAUACUUGAGAUCUCCAGAGUUUGACGCUCACUAUGCCCAAAAAGGUGGACGCUCAAUCAAGUCGUCAUCGCUUGAUGCUCAAAAGGAAGGUGAACAAAGAUUCUUCUAUUCCCUCGGGUGCACUUGCGAUCAGCUAGAACAGGCUGCUCGUGGCCCAGUCGGCCUGUUUUUGCUCGAUAUGCCAGGAUCUCUGUUGACAGGGGUGGUACAGCAGGACCGGUUUUCUGUCGUUGUGAAAGGUGAAAUGAAAAUGGUAGAUGAGCUGGAAAGCUCUACACUUGAAGGCAUGAAUAAAAUGAUUUCUAUCGCAUUGGAGAGAGCAGCGGCUAAGGAGGAAGACGAGCUUGGAUUAGUUGAUUACGUGACGUCAAACGGACCCGCCCAUGAUUCUACUUUCAUGCGUUCACAAACAGUAGCCAUGAAGUGGUCUCAAAUCAUAAAUUUGUUUCUGGAAGCUAUUCAAGCACCUCAAUCUUCCACAGAAUCGACGCCAGAAGACACUUUGUUUGGUGGAUCCUUCACCUGCGGACUCAUAGCAGCACGACUACGACAUGUUGUGAAACAGCGUCUUGAUAUCGCGCGCAGCUUGCUGGCAUUACUUCAGCUUUAUUCCGAGGACAGCGCGCGUUUUGACUAUCCUAUGUUUGAGUUUUCUGAUCUUGAAAGGAAACUCAGCAGUAUCAUCAAUCAUUAUAGAUUAUUUGACGAUCAGCUAUCUUUGAAAUUGGCAAAGGAUAAUGUGCAGGUGUCGCUAUGUAGUUGGUUCUUCAAAGGAGAGGGCGUGGAAUGGCUGAGUAAGGUAGCGCACAUAGGACGUUCUGAAGAAGCUGAUUUAUCUCCCGAAUUCAAUGUUUUCCUGGAGAAAAUAGUCGAGGCUGGAUUACAACAUCUGUCACCAUAUUCUGUGCAGGUUUUCUUGGCCAGAUCAUUAGCAAUGCAUGAAAAAUAUGCGGUAUUGAUGAAUCUUUGCACUUUGUGUGCGAGCAGUAUCCCUGAUGAACUUCGUCCUGUCAUGACAUUCUACAGUGCCAUUGCUUACUCUGGAAUAGGAAAACCAUUGAAGGCAAUGACCAAUUUCAAUCUCGCCGCGAAAGGAAUUACCGAUCAAAAUAAGGCGCUUCUGACUGCUUUGUCACCUGUUGGCAAAACCCAAGAGGUCAACCUUGGAGAUUACUACGUAAUGGCUUUACGGUACCUGCAUGAGCACAGGCACAGUGAAGAAGUGGUUGAAAUGGCUAGAAGUGCUGUAGCUUCUCUGCCUUCUGGUCACGAAUGCACCUCUCGCAUCUACGUUACACUUUUCAAUCAUCUCGUUAAUCAAGGAAACUGGUGCGAUGCUCUUGAAAGCAUCAUGCAAAACAGUGACCAAGAAAUAAAGAGAAUGACAUUGCGCGAACUACUAUCUCGAAUGUUACACGCGCGGGAUUGGAGGUCCAUCGUGGAGCUUUCAUACGGAAAACUUGAGGAAGAGGUAGCAUCGUUAUUUUUUGUACCGAGAGUUGACUUUUGA